UCAAUUUUAUGUUAGUUCCCUUAUUACAUAAACUUUGUAGUCAUCUUUUCUUCUCUCUAUUUCUUCAUAGUUCAUAACAUCUUCCUACAAACACUAUACUUCAUUACUUCCCACCUCAAAUUUUACAUGUAAAAAUGGAUACUCAAAACCUUAAGCAAAGGACUACUAGACAAGAACCCACCACCACGAACGACGAAAGCGUUCGAGGGGCAGGGCAGAAGAUGAAGAGAACCAUGGCAAAACGCGGUCUUAAAUCAUUGAGUAUAGCACUAACAAUCCCGGUGAUUCUAACACUUACCAACAUCUACAUGUUUGGUACAAGUGACAACUACAAGUUGUUCAACAGACCUAAUUGGGUACCUCCAAUAUGGGCUUUGCACAUGGCUUGUUUGGGCUCAGCUUCCUUAUUGUGCCUUUGUGGGUGGCUCGUUUGGGCUGAAGGCGGGUUUCAUAAGAACCCGAAUAUAGCCGGGUUAUAUUUUGGUCAGUUUGGGUUGAGUCUCCUUUGGGAUCUCUUGAUGUUUAAGCUUGGCGCUAACUGGGCUGGUUUGUUGGUUGCAGUCGGAGUUUGUUAUGGUUUGUAUCAGUGUUACAGGGCGUUUAAACAAGUGAGCGAUAUCGCCGCCGAUUUAGUUCUGCCGUGCUUGGGAUGGUCUGCACUUCUUGGAUUUAUAAGCCUUAAGUUUAUGCUGAACUAAAAUUGUUGGUGUAAUAUGAAUCUGUUGUUGAAUGUCUGUAGAUAUAUAGCUCUUUCCCAACCAUUUUGGUGUUGUUUUAAACGUGUUUCUUCUUAUCUUUUUAUCUUUCUUUCGCUAUAUUAUGUGAGUUAUAAUGUUUGUAUGUAUAAAUUAUCUUCAAGUUUGAUAAAGUUUCUUAAUAUUACAGGAAAAAGUUAAAAUA